AUGACUGCGGACGUACACUUUAAAAAGUUAUGGAGAACACUUAAAUACUAUCAUCGAAUAACUCAGCCUAUUACCGUUGUCAUUAUACCCGACUUUGAGGCGUACCUGGAGUUUGCGGAUGCCGUUAAGGCCUAUCCCAUAUCUUUUCCGGUGUGGUUCAUUCUGUUUCUCUACACCUCCGACAACAGCACCUAUCAUCACUGCCGUGAACCAAUCGGUAAUCCCUUUAAUCUAACGUUCGACACGCAGAUGUUAGUAUUGUGUAAAAACGAGACGAUCUUGCGGGAAUGGUAUUCCGUCAAGGGCGAUAGCGUUAAAAUCUUUGACCUGGCGGAAUGGAGAGACGAUAAAGGAUUCAUUCCUCUGACGAAUCUGUCUCUCUACGAACGGAGGAAAGACAUGGAAGGAGUUGUCCUACGAGCGGUCGCGGCCAAGAGUUUAUCUUCGACGAUUGAUGGGAAUCAGGUGGCUACUAUCUACGGAAAAGUGUUGGAGGAGCUCACGAGUUCUCUUAACUUCACCGUGAAGAUUGUCUCUCAGAUAAACGAACACGGUGUACAGAAUCGGCAAACUCUCAUCUGGUCCGGAGUGAUGGGCAAGAUUGUAUCGGGUCGCGCGGAUUUCGCUGUCGCCGACAUGUCAUUGACGAGUCUUCGAAAGCGUUAUGUCGAUUUCACGAUGCCCUUAAUCGUAUCUAGAAUCAAUCUGUAUAUCAAGGAACCGGGAAUAUGUGGCGUCAAAUGGAUUGGCUAUUUUCAGACUUUCAAUUCGCGUACGUGGGCUACAAUUAUCAUACUGAUAGCGACCGUGCCGCUACUCUUAUUCUUUAUGAAAUCGUACCGUCAUCAAUCACGGAGCGCCAUGGAUCUGAUCUCUGAGAAUUUCAUCUGCAUUUGGGGCAUCUUUUGUCAGCAGGCGCUUAUAGAGUUUCCGAAAAAUUUAUCGCUGCGCGUCGCAUAUAUUACGAUAUUUUUGACGGCGAUGCUGAUAAUGGCUCACUAUUCAGCGGCGUUAAUUUGCUUCCUGACGGUGUGUACUCGCGUUCUGCCUUUUCAAACGCUAGAAGAAUUUAUCGACGAUGGUACCUAUAAAUUAAUCAUGAUACGUGGUACUGCUGACUAUGAAGUAAUUACCUUUCAGGCACAGCACGAAGCAAAGCUUUUCUAUGUAAAGCUGAUGAAACUAAUGAAGGACGAAUCGGAAUUGCCGAGAAAUCUAGAGGAAGGCUUCAUGCAAGUAUGCAGUGAGAAAAAUGUUGCCUUUAUGGUGCUGAGUGCUCGAAAGAAAAGCGUAGAAAAGGAGAUACCCUGUAAGUUGUCGAGUAUUACUACCGAGAGGAUAGACAAUUUAGCAAUGGUCCUCUCCAAGAAUAAUCCAUACACAGGCGUGAUAAAUUAUCAUUUGCAGAAAUUUUUGGACAAUGGUAUGAUAAUGCGUCUGAGGGAAACAUACUCGCCACAGUCGGUUGAAAACAAGAUUUACAAACCAGUUUAUUUGUUUAACAUCGUCCCAAUUUUGGCAAUUCUCUGCGGAGGUUUUAUUAUAAGCAUCAUGAUAAUGAUUAUAGAGAAAAUUCAUUAUCGGUCGAGAAAAAAAUUUCAAUCAAGAGUAUUUUCUUCCAGAAAGCUAUUUAUCAAGAAAUAUAAUAAUUGAGAUGAAACUUAAUCACAAUU